AGUAAAUCCGUUGUAACAACAACCAUGGCUGUAAGAAACAACAUUAGACAGUCAACACAUGUUUAAUUAGACAAGCUGUGUGUUAAUUGAGGCGGUAUUUAGCUCAACGCCGUUUGUUAGACUGGUUUUAUUUAUAUAGAGCCGCAGCUUAACAAGGUUUAUUCUACUGUUUACCGUUGACAACGUUCGUUAGCUAAACUGAGCUAACCAGCUGACCGUCUGGGAGUAAAACAAAAAUAACCGGCUCUGUUUCUAAAUGGAUCCGACGGAGGACCUUUCUUCCCGGGUCCUGCUGACCCAUAUUCUCAGCACCGAGACACCAAGGACCCCCAUCACCCGCAGUGCCUCUCAACAACUGAGUACCAGCGCGACCAAGAGCAGCCCUCGACUGAGAAACAAAUAUGCUGUUCCCCAAACCCCAAAGGCCAUCCUAAAACUCAGCCAGAUACACAAACUACGGGAGAGUAUAUCCAGGCAACCCCUGAAUGCCACGAAUGCCACGAGAGGGCGGACUCGCUCAGUCUCAUCCAGAUUGAGUAACAUGCAUGCAGCAAACUCAAUGGUGUUGGAGGAUGGAGAGACACCGAGGCACCUACUCAUGAACAUCCUGCAGACAGAGCCUGUGAUGACGCCUUUGACUCAUGGGAGGGCCGCGUCAGAAGGGCGACAGCCAUCUUCAGCCAACUUGAGUAAGCGUUGCAGUAUUGAGCUGUCAGGGUUGGAUUUGCCUGAUUUAACUAUUGGUGCAGCGAGUACCCAAAAAAGACUGUUCAGGAAGAGACAUCUGACCUUUGAUAUAUCGGCUUUUGAAAAACGUCUUAAUGCUGGAGAAGAUCUUGUGGAUGAAAAUGAAGAAUCAGAACAAUCAUCUCUUACUUUGUCAAGUCCCACUCUAAAAACCCCCUUUGUGGAAGUUCGGACUGAGAAAAGAGGCCUGCAGAGAAGAGCUUUACAACGCCGUAGAAUCUCAGAGACAGGAUUUGACGCUGCUGUAGAUGGAUGGUCGAUGGAAGGAGAGACGGGCAGGGGGCAGACGGCGCAGAGUCUCAGUAAGACCACCUCCUCUGAGGGCUUCACUCUUGGCCUCAGCAAACUCAGUGACUCUGACAUCACGUCCGAGAUCAUCCACCGUCACACGGCUCUCUGCGCCCAGCCCGGCGCCAUGACCGACAACUUAUCAAUAGUCGCAACUCGGGACAAACCGACGGUGAGGGUGGAGGAGGAGGAUCAGAUGGAGGUGGAGCAGAUGGAGGUGGAGCUGGGGAAAGAUAAGUCAGUGUAUGCAUUCCCAACUGAGGGGGGGGGCCGAACCUCAAAAUGGAAGUUUGACUGUGAUGAUCAAAUGAAAGAUAAUGCAACUGUGGCUGAGGAAGAGACAGGUGUAGCUGAAUCCCUGGAUACUGUUAGGGAGGAUGCAGCAAAUACGGAGGAAGAAGAGAACAAUGUAGAAGCUCCAACAGAGCUGGAAGACACUCAAACUGAAGAACAAGAUGGAGUUGAUUCCCAGGUUGAAGAGGAUGUUGUACCAGACACUCAAACUGAAGAACAAGAUGGAGUUGAUUCCGAGCCUGAAGGGGUUGCAGAGGCCGUGUCUCAGUCUGAGGAAGAGGAUGUUGCACCAGACUCUCAAGAAGCUGCAGUUGAUAUUGAACCUGAAGAGGAUUCAGCAAAGUCUCAGUCUGAGGAAGAGGAGGAGACUGCAGAUGAUCAAAGUGAACAAGAGGUUCCUGCAGAGGAAGUGGAGGACGAUUUGGCUGAUUCUCAACCUGAAGACAAGCAUGAUGGGAAGCCGGAGGGGGAAGAUGCCGAGCAGCCGUCGGAACAGGAAGAGCGAGACCUGGAGCACACCAGCAGAAGGGCUCCUCGCUCUGAGGGUCCCCUCGUCGUGCCCGUCACUGAGGCAGCGGGAGACUUGGACGACGCCACAGAGGAAGGAUGGUCUGAUGGUAAGUCUAAAGCACCAAGCAGCCUGCACAUGGAAAGCCCUAAAACACACGCUUCCUACACGGACGCCGACCCUGGCGCUGAUAACGAAAACUCCUUUCAUCUUCUGGAGCUGGCGAAUGAUACCAAAGACGGGCUCCUGAAUGACAAAUCACCUGAAGAAGCUGCUGAGGAGGAAGAGGAAGAGGAAGAAGAAGAAGAAGAAGAGAAGAGGAAGAAGAAGAGGAGGAGGACAGUGAUGGUUAGUCUUUCGAUCCCAAGCAAGACCCCAGCUUUUGUCAGACAGAAAAUGAACUUUUUUCAGCCCAAACCUCAGAAUAUUCAAGCAAGCAGUAGGACAGGGGAAGCUAUUCCUGUUCCUAAACCAAAGCCAGUGAGAAAGAAGGAGAAAGGGCCGGCUAAAAAGCAGACUGAACUUCCUAAGCGCUACCUGAUGGACGUGUUCAAACACUUUGCCAAAACAAAAGUCUCUCCAGAUGUGUACCCUGUCCUAAGAGAUAUAAUGGAUAAAUACUUCGACCGACUGGCGGAGGACUUGGAGACAUAUGCUCUUCAUGCAAAGAGAAAAACCAUAGAGGUUGAAGAUGCUGUACUUCUGUUGAGAAGGCAGGGACACGUGACUGACACGGUCCCAGUGGAAGUGCUGAUUGAAAAAUAUCUUCGUAUGGAACAGCGCAAACUCCUCAUCCCCAUAGCAACCAGCGGAAAUGUUGUUAUUCCUAAAAAGCGUUUAUGAAUGUGUUCUAUACUUCUAGAUUUUAUUUUGUACUUUUACAUGCCUUUGAUUUGGACAUUCUCCAUGUAAUGUUGUCAAUCAGAAUAUUAAAAUGUCUGUAAAUAUGUGUUGACAAGAAUUUUUGUUGUGUACUCUUUUCUUUGGAAGCAUUGGCUUGUUGACAAAAGUUUAUUUUCUGUCUUUGUUGACCCUUGUGAAUAAAUAAAUUCAGUGAA